AUGGACGCUCCUUCUCACCACCGUACUCCCGCAAUGGGGGCCAUUAGUGCAACACCACACCAGCCCUCAAUGAGGCGGCCAUCUCGUAAUAUGCAGCAAUACCAAGGGCAUGUUACAGCACAACAAGCGCUCCUCGCGGCGCGGCACGCUCAAGAGCGGCAGCGACACUUGGAGACUAUCCAAAAUGCGACCUACCAACCUUCCGUAACUCCCCGCCCCUUCAUCUCCAGAAACGGCAGACCAGCCACUCCACGUGCGCUCGCCCUCACGCCGACCGUAGCUCCUCAUUCUUCGCCUGCUCAGCCAAACCGCGUCCCACUCCUGCGCUACACCUCCGCGCUCAACGCGCAAAUCGCACACCAAUGGAAUCCCUGCUGGCGUCCGUCCUCUGGUGCUGCAGGUGUCCCGCUCACCGACCAGGAACAAAUCCCCCACGUGAUACGCCUCUUCACUGCGUUCCUCGACACCUCGCUUGUGCUCGACAGCAUGGAUGCCGCCCAGCAUUUCGUGGCCGGCGGGGCGUGGAUGCGGAAUUCAGCCGAUGUCGAGUUGGUAUCCUGGAAUCUCGUGCAAGCCUGCAUGAGCCUGCACGUUGUUGGCGCCGUCACUCUGCGCGCGCGGCGCAUGCCCUCUGCGCUGCCGCCGGCGGACAGUUCCAACUCGGUCAUACCGUUUGGGCUGCGGUUGUUCUUUCUGGAGGUCCUCGUGCGGCACUUCAAGCAGUACGCGCAUCAGUUGAUGUGCGGGACGGCGGAUGUUGAGCAGCAGCUGAUGUGGAUGCAUUCGUGUCUUUUCAAGAAGGAGCAGUUUACCAAGGUGAUGCAGCGGGUUUUCACGCCGGAGCAGAGGGAGAAGCUAGUUGCAGAGUUCCAGCGACGGAAGGCGGAGGCGAGUGCGGCGUCUGAGGCGGCGGGGAGGAGCGUGCAAACUACACGGUUUGUUCGGGAGGAGGCGGGUCGAUCCCCGAUGCUGCGACAGGGCAGGGGUGCAGAGGCUGGGGAGCCGCCACAGCAGCAGCCAAGUCAACUCCUGAUGCCGCGAGCUGCCACGACGGUGAAGACUACCCAGUUUGUCCAAGAGCAGCCAGCUCACCCCCCAACCACGCAAGGACCCCGCCCACUAACACCACCCCAGCCCGACCACUCCCCAGCCACCAUCCGUGCCCCCACACCUUCCCCCCCCCAACAACCGCCUUCAGACCCUCAACAAUCAGCGCCAGCUCAGCCCACCGAGUCCGCCCGUCAGCCGCCCCUGAUGGAGUUUGACUUCGACGACUGGGUCAUGUUCCCGGCUACGGGAUAG